AGGGCCCUUCCCGGAAUCCUCUGAAGUAACCAAACAUUACUUUUGCGGACUCCCAUUCCUGGAGUCCGUCCCAAAUCACGUUGGGACUUCAGACAGCUGGGGCCAAAAAAAAAGGGAAUUUUUCCCUUUUUCUAACAAGUUUUGCAGUAAGGGAUGCAAACCAGGGCAGGGGCCUUUGACCCUCACAUCUGCAAACCCCUAUGAAGAGGGGUUGAAAAAGAGAGAAGAAAAAGAGAGAAGGAGAGACGGACCCCAACACAUCUGAGAGACUGUAUCGGGAAACUCCGACUCGCUUCUCGGGGAGCGAAAAAAGAAACGCCGGGCGGCCGCUCGUCGGCCUCGAUCAGACUCUCCCGCCCACGCGCGUCGGCCUCCAUGGUUUCGGCCAUUCUCGUGUUUACUCGGCUAUUUCCGGUUCCGUUCGGCCAAUUCCGGCUCCGCUCGGCCUCAGGGGAAGUAGCCACAACAGAAGCCUUGCCGGGAUGGAAGAUCCUCAGAGGGUGCAGGAUGUGGCUGCUUCCAUGGGGCCAGAGCUCCCUAAAGACCCUGACCCCGAAGAAACCAUCCGAAGCCUGCGGGCCCAGUUGGCGGCUGCCUUGGCAGAAGUAGACACGGUCCGAGCAGUGGCAGCUGUAAGCGAAAACACCAAACAUGAAGCUGUGGAGGCUGUGCGGCGACGGUGCCAGGAGGAAGUGGCUUCCCUGCAGACCAUCUUGAAAGAUACCAUCUCCAGCUAUGAAGCCCGUCUCUCAACUUUGGGACGUGACAGUCGGGAGAGUACGUGGACCCGCUUGCUGCCGAGGGUCAGCCCCCUUGACUCUUUGGAGAAACAAAUGGAAAAGGCCCAGGAAGAUACUCAGCGACUCCGGGCCAUUGUGCUGCCCAUGGAGCAAGAAAUCGCUGAGCUGAAAGCAAAGCUGGCACAUGCUGAAGGGCUAGUUCAGGAGCUGCAGGGUGAGCAGCGUUCUUUAUGUAGUUCCUCUGAAUCCCUGCAUGCUGAUGCCGAGGCCAUGCCCUCUGACGCACCUGGAGAGGACCACGUUGCCUUAGGGGAAGGGGGAGUGGCUGAGAAAUUUGCUCGUAGCCUCGACAGUGUCUCCAUUGCUUCCUUUUCCUCCUUGGCGCCAAGUCCUGGACCUCCCGUCCGACGCAGACGUCCUCCUAGCCCCGAGACUGCGUCCAUCGCCUCCUCAACUGGGACCCUGGUGCCGGAGACCAUCUAUCUGCCACCGGCUGGGUACCAGUUGGUGCCUGAGGUGGAGUGGACACAACUGCAGGGACAGGUGCAACAGCAGCGGGAGGCUCUGGAAGCUGCAGCUCGGGAAAAGGCCAGUCUGGAGGAGGCUCUGCGACGUAGCAACGAUGAAUGCAGUAAGCAGGUUCAGGUUCUUUUGGCUCAGAUUCAAACCUCGGAACGCCUCCUCCAAGGCCUCCAAGCCACAGUGAGCGAAACUCAGCGACAGACUCAGGUGCAGAUGGCUGACCUGGCUGCAUCUCAUAAGCGCCUGAGCUAUGAAGUGCAACGCCUCAGUGCUGAGAAUGAAGGGCUGCGUGGGGCUUGUUCCCCGAAUCCCUGCCCGACAGAGGAGGAGAAGAGGAGCUUGCCGGACAGCGUCCAGGAGCUGCAGGCCUUGGUGCAGCACCUGCGACAAGAGUCUGCUUCCCAGCUCCGGGCUGCAGAACACCAAGCUGAGCGCCUGCGAAUUGAGAUCGUGUCCCUGCGGGAGCAGCUGGAUGAAGAAGCCGUGUCACAGGCGGGACUGCAGGGGGCACUAGAGAGAGAACAAGAAGAAAGAGAGCUUUUGCAGGCUUCCUUGAAUAGUAUCCAGAGCGAGAUGGACAGAUUGCAGCAAGGGCAGGAAGAGAUGAACAGAAGCCAUGUACAGACAGAUGCUCCCCCUCCGGGAGAGGCUGGCAGCCAUCUGGAUAGGUCGGAGCUCUAGAUGGAGGACCAGAGAGAUCAGCCCUGCCUUCUCCCCUCUCUGCAGCGGUGUGGAAACCUCAGGGAAACUGCAAUCCACCAGGUGCCCAAAGGGGCCAGCUUGUCAUCCAGAGCCUCUCUCUGCAUAGGUUAAAAGAGCAAUAACUCAGGAGGCCGGGUGGCUGGUAUUUCACACUCCAUGCCCCCUCAGCAUUUUGAUUGACACUGGAGCUUCCUGGACAAAAUAAAGAGGAUUUUUCUACUUGU